AUGCGCAUGUGUGCUGAAGAAACUUAGACGCGUGUUCGUGGUAGAUAUAUCAAUUAAUAAUUGUGGUUUGUUAAAUAAGAACAAGAUGAAGAGUUUCCUUGGUCAUGUAACUUUCUUAAUUUUUGGAAUCAUAUUUGAGUUGCACGCGCACAUUGAGGCGGAAGAACGGAUUGACACAUCCAGUGCAUUUCCGGAACUGACAUGUUCAAGUAGGCCUUGUCGAAACGGCGGUGAAUGUGUCAACGCCAUCUGGUGGUCACCAGGAAUAUCACGAGAAUACCUUUGUAUGUGUCGGCCAGAAUUCUGUGGAACACGCUGUGAAACAAAUCAAUUUGAACGGUAUACUGGCUAUCAGCUUGAAUGCUUUGAAGAAUUUCAGCCUAUAGUAUCAAUAAAAGGAUCUUCAAAGCUUCUGUGGGAAAGCUGUCGGCAGGCUUGCGCAGUGUUUCAUAAAUGUAAAUUAAUAAAUUAUGUCAUAAAACGUGACGGACAAAGUUUCUGCUCAUUAUAUGAGAAACCACCAAGUACUUGUGAUAUAUAUCGUAUAUUGAAGUGAAAGGAAACGACCUGUAUAGCCUUGACAUGAUGAAUGAUGAAUGUUUUGAGCUGUAGUUUCUUUAAUGAAACAAAUAAAAUAUAAAGCUGCUUA